ACUGCCAAGUGGAAGGUGGCAGGGCUCCUGGCUUUGGGGCAGGGAAUGUGGGAGGAAGGCCCAGGCCCCACAGGAGACACUCAUUAGUGUCGGGACCUCAGGAAUCAGUCCCCCAUCUGGCCAGAGGGACACUGGGUUGUGGCAUUUCUCCGGCUGCUCCCCAGGAAGAGGAGGAUCCCCCUGAGGCCUAUAGGCCUAGAUUUUCACUCUGGGGUCACCCAGCACAGCCUGCCCCAGGGCCGACAAGUCAGGGGGCAGCAAAUUUUUAACUAGACACAUUGAUCAUUAACGGGGGUAGGAAGGAAUCCAAACUCAGCCUCUUUAAGGGCAGAGACUAGCUGGGCCUCAGGCCUCCUAUGGAGAUGCUGGGCCCCCGAGUCUGGUCCUCUGUGAGGCAGGGGCUAAACAGAGGCCUGUCUAGGAAUGUGGGGGGCUGGGCCUCAGGAGAGGGGAGGAAGGUGGAUAUUGCAGGCAUCUACCCUGCUGUGACCACCCCCUUCACUGCCACAGCAGAGGUAGACUAUGGGAAACUGGAGGAGAAUCUGCACAAACUGGGCAACAUCCCCUUCCGAGGCUUCUUGGUCCAGGGCUCCAAUGGCGAGUUCCCCUUCCUGGCCAGCAAUGAGCGUCUGGAGGUGGUGAGCUGUGCGCGUCAGGCCAUGCCCAAGGACAAGCUCCUGCUAGCUGGUUCCGGCUGCGAGUCCACUCAAGCCACAGUGGAGAUGACCGUGAGCAUGGCCCAGGUUGGGGCUGAUGCCGCCCUGGUGGUGACCCCUUCCUACUAUCGUGGCCGAAUGAGCAGUGCUGCCCUCAUUCACCACUACACCAAGGUCGCCGACCACUCUCCAAUUCCUGUGGUGCUGUACAGUGUCCCAGCUAACACGGGGCUGGACCUGCCUGUAGAUGCAGUGGUCACUCUUUCCCAGCACCCGAAUAUCGUUGGCAUCAAGGACAGCGGUGGUGAUGUGACCAGAAUCGGGUUGAUGGUUCACAAGACCAGGAGGCAGGAUUUCCAGGUGUUGGCUGGAUCGGCUGGCUUCCUGCUGGCCAGCUACGCCGUGGGAGCUGUGGGGGGCGUGUGUGCCCUGGCCAAUGUCCUGGGGGCUCAGGUGUGCCAGCUGGAGCGACUCUGCCUCACAGGGCAAUGGGAAGAUGCCCAGAAGCUACAGCUCCGCCUCAUUGAGCCAAACACUGCGGUGUAUCAAUGCAGGAUUCCCCAGGCUCUUCUAACAGGCCCUGAUUCUCAGGUGACCCGGCGCUUUGGGAUCCCGGGGCUGAAGAAAACCAUGGAAUGGUUUGGCUACUACGGAGGCCCCUGCCGGGCCCCCUUGCAGGAGCUGAGCCCCGCUGAGGAGGAGGCACUGCGCCUGGCUUUCACCAAUAAUGGCUGGCUCUGAGGGCAAGGAGGGGGCCUGCCCGGCCUGAGCCCAUCUCAGCUCGCGUCUUGCACCUGCAGCCUGAAGAGAAAUAUGAGUAACGAGGGUUCGCGGCUCCUUUUCCUAUUCCAGUCCUCCAGGUGCCUCUUACCAGGCACUAUUUUCACGGUCCCAUGGCCUCUAGAUUUGUAUCCUAAACUCUGGGUCACUAGAGACCUUCAGUCUGUGAAGGAUCAAUUGCUUACUUGUGUCUACUGUGUUUUCCUAUGCCCCAACACAAGGGAGCCAGGAGCCAGAGGCAAAGGGCAGGGGGCAGCUGGGCACAGGAAGGCUACGUGUUUGAAGGGAGGACUACUCAGAGUUGAGUCUAGCACAGUGCAGCGGGAAGCCAGGGCUACUCUAAGAACCCAAGUUCUGACUCCUUCCAGAGGACCUGGUAGGUUAGGAAACCUGAUCAGAAAAAUGUCUCUGGUCUUUGAAAGGCUCCCCGAGAUGCAUUCCAGCCACAAUGCCCUUUCCUAAAUCCGUUUUGAUUCAUCUCAUAUUCUUGUCUCUAGUCUUGAUCUCAACCAUCCAGUGCAUAGACAACCCAGAAUUGGUAAAUAAUGACACCUGGUGGAUAAAUGUGACAUUCUAGAAGACUAUUGUAGUCAACCUGGGUCUGAAACAUUAGGGGAGGGGGCACUUUGUUUUUAUUGUUAAAAAUACUUUGUUAUUGCAAUAAAGUUUAGUAAGUUUAA